AUGUUAUAUGUAUGCGCUUGUUCAAUUAAGGCGUUGUUCUGUGCACCACGCAGUAAUGAUGCGGUGGAUUGGUGUGGAAAGGGCAAACCAACAAAAUCCCAUGCCCUUCUUGAUGUUUUCUCGACUCCCAGCUUCCUAUUAACCGCAGCCCGCUAUGCUUUUCCAUGGGACAUACUUGGGAGGGAAGCCGAGAUGGAACAUACGUUCAUGAGAUUGGUGCAGGAAGGGGCAAUUCGCCGUAUAUUUGACUCUUGCUUGGAACGACGACGACGGGUGAAGCGCUAUUUCGAUCAAUCAAAACUUUCCACAUUAGCAACCCAGUGCCGACUCGGUGAGCCUCAGAAUCAUCAUUCGAACUGGGAAAAUGGAAUAGAUAUUGUAUUUGUCGACGACUCUACACCAAGAAAAAAAAAUGUACAUAUGGCAACACAGGGGGAUAUACCGCCGGAGGAUUGUGGGUAGGUAU